AUGGCGGCGCCAACGACCUUGUCGGCUUUGCUGACCUCUCUGACGCAAUCUCUGACUCUCGCUCAAGAAUCCGCUCCCAAGAUUGCCUCGAUUGAGCAUCCCAAAGAUGGCAUCUCCCUUCUCGAUGUCAAGAACGAGCUGCUCCUCUCGUACCUCCAAAACCUCGUCUUCCUCAUCCUCCUCAAGCUCCGAAACGCAAAGUCAGCGUCGGACAGCGAUGGACUGGGUGAAUCGGUGCGGCUCAAACUCGUCGAGCUGCGAUUGUAUCUCGAAAGGGGAACGCGGCCGCUGGAGGAGAAGCUGAAGUUCUCCAUCGAGCGCUUCCUUCGCACGGCCAACGACGCGCAGCGAGAAGAACAGAACACGAUGCCAAAUUCGGAGAAGAAGGGAGGAACUGGCGGCGAUUCCGACUCGGAUUCGGGUUCCGGGUCGGACGAGUCCGAGAAAGAGGCCAGCGCGCGGCCGAUGCAACGCAGACCUGGCGGCAAGUCAGCCGGUCCGAAUCUCGGCAACAUGGUCGACGACGUCACCGUCAGCAGGGCGAAGCAUGAUGCCGACCCAUCCGGCGUCUACCGCGCUCCCAAGCGAGACCGCGUCGUCAUGGAGACGACGCGUCCCCGGGAGAAGGCGGAACGUCGGCCAGGCCGAUCCCACACGAUGGAGGAGUUUGUCCAGUCCGAGCUCUCGACGGCACCCAUGGCCGAGCCCAGCAUCGGCACGACCAUCGUCCAGGGCGGCCGCAAGAUGAAGACGGUGCAGGAGCGCAAGGAGGAGGAUGAGAGGCGCGAGUACGAAGAGGCGAACCUCGUGCGCCUCCCAAAACUGAGCAAAAAGGAACUUGCCAAGAAGGGCAGGGAGGCGGGCCGCAGGAGCCACAUGCAGUUUGGUGGCGAGGAGUGGCACGAUCUGGGCGAGGGUGCGGACCGGAUCGACCGGCUGACGAAGCGAAAGGGCCCGGCUGGCGGCAAGGUGCAGGCGAUGCUGGAGAAGAGCCGGAAACGAGGCUUCGACACGGCCGAUGGGCCGCGGGGCAGCGGUCACGGCCCUGCCAUCGGAGAGCGGUUCCAGAAGAAGGUGAGGGUUAUGGAAGCCGGUCGGCGCGACCGAGGGAAGGGGAGGUAG